AUGCAAUUAAAAGCGACCUUGAGGGACCCAGGGCACGGCUGUUGUGCACGCCGCGGUCUAAAGCCUUGGGUGCGUGGCACACGAGGGUCGUCGACGCGUGUAUCUCGGCGAGGCGGAUCACGCCCCCUCAUCUGCAAGUGCUGCCUUGUCAACCUCGCUCAGCCGUACGUACGGACACCCAUUCUCGACAUCUCACACUCACACAGGCAACACAUUCUCAUCACCUUCCUUGCCAUUCACAACCCCUUCCGCGAGGCGCGCGUACACAGCGAUUGCAGCGUUCUUCAACAAGGAGCACGCGACGGGGUCAGGGCCAGGGCAAGGCGAGCCAUGACCCCGAGUUCAACAACGAAUAUGGCGCCCAAGGACCUGCGCGAUCAAGGCGCAACAGCAUCGCCGCCAGCCCUCUCGCCGCGCCAGUCCCGCGUCGUCGGCGCCCUGCUCGGGCUGCACGCGGGCGACGCCCUGGGCGCGACGCUCGAGUUCGAGACGCACGCGGCCAUUGCGGCGCGCCACCCGCGCGGCUUGCGCGACAUUGUCGGCGGCGGGCCCUUCUCCUGGCCGGCCGGCCACGCCACCGACGACACCGACAUGACGCGCGGCGUGCUUCUCGCCUACCGGGACGUGGCGGCCGCCGCCGCCGAGGGCGACAAAGAGGAUGACGGGGCCGUGGACGUCGCCCGCCUCGCGGGGGACUACUUCCUGCGGUGGCUGCAGGGCGACUGGCCCGGCCGCGCGCCUGGGUCGCGGCCCGUGGACAUCGGGGCGGCGACCAUGUCGGGCCUGCUCCGAUACCUGGAGUCCCGGGACCCGGACCGGGCGGGGGCGGGCAGGGGCGCGGCGGGCAACGGCAGUCUGAUGCGCUGCCUGCCGACGGGCCUGUUCCAGGCGGACCCAGGGCGGCUCGUCGACGAGAGCCAGCGCAUCAGCCGCAUCACGCACGACGACCGGCGCUGCACCGUCGCCUGCGCCGCGUACAACACCAUCGUCGCGGCGCUGGUCCGGGGCUCGUCCGCCGACGACGCCGUGCGGGCCGGGGAGGAGGUUGCGGCACGGCUCGAGGGCGACGGAGACGGGGGCGGCAACGGCGGGGACACUGGCGGCGGCCCCGUCCUCGCGGCGCUCCGGCUGGGCAGGCGGCUGUCCGUGGCCGACAUGGCGGACCGGCGCGGGGGCCCACCGGCGGACGUGCUGCCGGGCCGGUGCGCGGGGUACGUGCUCGAGACGCUGGCGGUGGGCGUCGCGGCGGUGCUGGACACGGGCCGCGGGCUCGAGGACGUGCUCGUCGACGUGGUCAGGCUGGGCAGGGACACGGACACCAACGCGGCUGUGGCAGGCGGGCUGCUGGGCGCGCGCGAUGUUUGCCGGCGAGUUCAGGCAGAUCGCGCUGUCGCUGACGCCCCCCUAAGGGAGGAGGAGACUCCUGGAUGGCAUGAAUAUCCGGCGAGCCCGCUGCCUCCUGCAUCCAGAACCCGCGUCGUGAGCGUGCCGGUGCCUCGCAUCAAGACCAAGACCGAGCGCAGGGACCGCGAGGGCUACGCGCAUUCACGGUCGAGCCGGGCGCAGGACAGGGCAGUGCAGCGCAGGGCCGUGUAUGCGAUUAAGCUUAAACAACGCACGCCUUGGCAGCAGUCUCCCUCCCACUCGGUAUGUUAG